CAGUUUGAUGUCUGGUCUAAUGAUGUCACCUUGGCCAAUCAUAUGGAAGCUGGUGGCAAAGCGGGGCGGAUCCACAUUACCCAGGCUACUCUGCAGUACCUGAAUGAGGACUAUGAAGUAGAGCCGGGGCACGGGGGUGAGCGCAAUGCUUACCUGAAGGAGCAUAACAUUGAAACCUUCUUCAUUGUGGGCUGCAGCCAGAAACGGAAAGAAGAGAAAGCAAUAUUAGCCAAGCUGCAGCGAGCCCAGGCAAAUUCCACAGAAGGGCUGGUGCCUCGCUGGGUCCCCGAGCGUUCAUUUCCACGGAACAAGGACUCUAAGGCGUUACGACAGAUGGGUAUUGAUGAUUCCAGCAAAGACAACCGAAGUACACAGGAAGCCUUAAAUCCUGAAGACGAGGUGGAUGAGUUCUUGGGCAGGGCCAUCGAUGCUCGAAGCAUUGACCAGCUGCGUAAGGAUCAUGUCAAACGCUUUCUGCUCACUUUCCAGAAACCUGAGUUGGAGAGAAAGUAUUCCAAAAAGGUGGAUACCCGCUUUGGUAGUUAUGUGGCUUGCACCAUGCUAGUCUUCUGCUUCAUUUGUUGUAUCCAGAUAGUCAUCUUCCCACAUUCCUCUCUGAUGCUUGGUGCCUACAUCAGUAUCUUCAUCAUCCUGGCCUCCAUUCUUUUUGUGUGUGCCAUUUAUUCCUGCCUUGGUCCCUUUCCUGCCGCUCUGCAGCGUGCUUCUCGCAAGAUCAUCCAAUCCCGAAUCAACAGCACCAUUACUGGCGUUGUCUCCAUCCUGCUUGUCUUCAUCUCUGCUUUUGUCAACAUGUUUGCUUGCAGUCGGGUCCGGCUCCAAGACUGUGUGGUUAGAUUCUUCAACGUUACUCCAGCUACAGUAGAUCCCUGUUAUCUCCAUGCUUUCAAUUAUACCUUGGCAUCAGACACUCCACCCUGCCAAGGAAAGGAUGACUUGCCCUGCAGUUUCCCUGAGUACUUCACUUACUCGGUGUUGCUGAGUCUGCUGGCCUCUUCCGUCUUCCUGCACAUCAGUAGCCUUAGGAAGCUGGCACUGCUGGUGGUGAUGGAGGUGGUAUACUUGGUACUGGCUGAGGGCCCUCAGGGCGUGCUGUUUGACAACUAUGACUUGCUGGUGGCUACUAAUGCUCUGCCAGCCUUCAAUGAGACUCAGCCCUGUAGUUUUUCAGAGAAAAAAGUGCCUCUGCAGUACAUGACACCUGUUAUCCUGUUACUUUUUGCUUUGGCCCUCUAUCUUCAUGCCCAGCAAGUCGAAUCAACAGCACGCCUUGAUUUUCUCUGGAAGCAACAGGCUACAGGUGAAAAGGAAGAGAUGGAAGAGCUGCAGGCCUAUAAUCGUCGGUUGUUACACAACAUCUUGCCCAAAGAUGUGGCAGCUCACUUUCUGGCUCGGGAACGCCUCAAUGAUGAGCUGUACCACCAAUCGUGUGAGUGUGUGGCUGUCAUGUUUGCCUCAAUCAGCAAUUUCUCUGAGUUCUACGUGGAACUGGAAGCCAACAAUGAGGGUGUUGAAUGCCUUCGGUUGCUCAACGAGAUCAUUGCUGACUUUGAUGAGAUCAUCAGUGACGAACCGUUCAGGCAGCUGGAGAAGAUCAAGACAAUUGGAAGUACUUACAUGGCAGCAUCGGGGCUAAAUGAUAGCACCUAUGACCGAGAGGGGCGCUCGCACAUCACUGCGCUGGCCGACUAUGCCAUGAGGCUCAUGGAGCAGAUGAAAUAUAUCAAUGAACACUCUUUCAAUAAUUUUCAAAUGAAAAUUGGACUAAACAUUGGUCCAGUAGUGGCUGGUGUGAUUGGAGCCCGAAAGCCACAGUAUGACAUCUGGGGCAACACUGUAAAUGUUUCUAGCCGUAUGGACAGCACUGGCGUCCCUGACCGCAUUCAGGUGACAACUGACCUCUAUCAGGUAUUAGCUGCCAAAGGUUAUCAGCUGGAGUGCCGUGGAGUCAUCAAAGUGAAGGGCAAAGGCGAGAUGACCACCUAUUUUUUGAAUGGAGGCCCUACCAGUUAGCAAGAACCUUUGAAACCAAGGAAACUUUUAAGCUGGGCUUAAACAGCAUGGGGUUGAUUGGUUCUCUCUGUUUGAUCUGAAUUUUAGAACCAAACUUCUAGAAAGGAGAAUA